AUGACCGGUAAAAACGUGCAGCCGCCGGACAAUAAAAAUUUGACGACGGCCAAAAAAUCGACCAAGAGCUCGCGCACCAAGUCUGUGUCGUGCGGUACAUCGGCGGACGCGAACCAGAACGACACCAGCGACGACGGCGCUGUGACCGAUGUUGUGCAACUGGCGACCGACAACCUCGGCGGUAUUAUCAAUCUCAGACGCCGUAGACGUCGUUCACGCAGGUCCCGGAGGAGAAGCGGCAGGCGUAGGAGGCGUUCAUCGUCGAGAAGAUAUCGUCGGCGGCCGAGCGCGGGCAGCGACGAGGAUAACGACGACGACAACAGCUCUGUGACUUCCGAAGACGGAGAUGACGACGAUGACGCGGAAACCAGUGACGCGGUGUCUCGUCGAAGAAGACGGCGGCGGAAGUCCACCAGACGCCGUAGUUCGAAAGACGACGAGGAGAACGCGUCGACGGACGGCGAAUCGUCGUCGACCGGCGGCAGCAGCACCUCGGCCGCGGAAAUCACAGAGGCCCGGAGAAGCCGAUGUGGCAGCCGCAGGAGACGUAGGAAGUCGUGUAGGAUUUCCAUGAGGAGGAGAAGCAGACGCUCGUCCAAGUGCAGGAAGCGCAGGAGGUCCAGACGUUGCAGCGGCAGUAGCGAGACCGACGGUGAAAUGGACGGAUAA